AUGGCAACCACGGACCACCGAAAGACCCCCUCCUUCGGCUUCUUAAAGGGGCAGGCCGUUUUUUAUGCAAGCCUACAUUUAGAGUUAGACGAAGCCCUGAUCCUUCCCAGCGUCAUCUUUGGAGCAGAUGCUCCCGUGUUCCCUCACCUGCUCGUGAUUUCUUCAAAGAAGAAAAGACACAGUUCCUCCAGCCCCAAGAGAAAAAGGAAGGAGGGAAGAAAACACAAGAAGCACUCUCGCAGUCGUCCACAGAAAUCCAAACGCCAUCAUUACCAUUCAAGCUCGGACAGCACCAAUUCUCCAUCGGAGAGCUACGGGAGCCGACACAGGCUGAAAAGCAGAUUCCAAGAUGAAAGCCGUAAAGGUAGACCCGGUCGUCCAAGGCGCUCGUCAAAGAAGACUUCUCACGCCAACGAUGCAGGAGAGUUGGCUGGGAGCCCUUUUCUUGGCUGCCCCUUGCAGAGCAAUUACUUUCUCUCUACCACCGAACUUAUCUCAAAUUCCAGGUCUGCAACUGGCCUCUUUAAAAAAACAGCGGGCCAGUUGGGCAACCAAAUCAAAGAGAACGGAGAUGCUCACGAAUACGAUUCGGGCAAUGCAACCUCUUCCCCUCCUUCCGUUCAGACCAGCACAUCCAGGUCAAAAGGCAGCCAAGAAACCAAGGGUGAAGCCCCCGAUGGCUUCGGCCAGGCCUUCUCUUCCGGGAAGGCCAGCAGUGUCAGCAGUCCUGAUUCGGGGAAUUCACUGCACAGCUACAGCUCCCAAUCCAAAGGAGUGGUUUUAGAAGAGCCGAGUCCGUCUCCCCAGGAUCUGUGCAAAGAUCAAAAUGGAGAGCCUUGGCCGUCUCUUCAGCCUCUCGGAAAGAAAAAGGCCAACAUUGUCUUGCCACCAUUUUCCAGUUCUCCACUUCAGCCAUGUCUUCGAAAUGUAUCUCCUUCUAGCAGAUCAUCUCUGGACUCUAGCCACUCUGUGGGACGCAGAUCUUCACCAAGCCCGUCUUGUUGUUCCUCAAAAUCAAGACUCUCUUCCCGUUCUCCCAGUUACUCCCCUAAGUCCUGCAAGAGAGCGACUGGAGGCAGGAAUUCAAGAUCCCGACGCAGCCCCAGCUAUUCUCAAUAUAAGCCUGGCAGAGGUCGUGAACAAGAUCACAGUUACGGCUCCAGUGGGAAGGAGUCCCACCGGCAUCAGGGCCGCCACCGCCGCAAACAAUGCUAUUCCCCCAUGAGGAAGCGUCGGAGAGAUUCUCCCAGCCACUUGGAAGCUCGGCGGAUAACCAGUGCCCGAAAGCGCCCCAUCCCUUACUAUAGACCGAGUCCUUCCUCCUCCUCCUCUCCCGGCAGUUCGAGUGUUUACUCCUCAGGAUACAGCUGUCUCGGUUACUCUCCAACCCGGAGCCGCAGUUACUCCAGCGAUAGGACCAGCUGCAGCCGGAGUUGGAGUAGUUACGCCAAGAGCAGCCGAAGCCGGAGUAGCGGAGGGAGAAGCCGUCCGCGAAGUAGUAGCCGAAGCAGCAGCAGCAGCAGCAGCCACAGUUCUGCCUCGGUGGGCAGCUAUGACAGUUUGCGGCGUUCGUAGCCGCCCUGCGUUGUGGAUUGCAAUCAUCUGCCUCUACUCCAACCCACCCAAAGGGACAACCUUCUCCAGAUGAUCCUCCAUCCAUCAAGUUCUUGGAAUCAUGUAGCCUACCAUGGCCCUGGGGUAGGGGGGAACGUCUAAAUGGAAGACCUCCCCUUUCCAAUGUCAUGCGGUCCCCGUUGUAGACAUUUUUCUGGCCCUCACUCUGGUUGUGGUUGCGUUUCCACCACACGCCGGCCUUCGGUUUGUGGAAAGGGACCCACCCAAAGGGACAAUCUUCUCCAGAUGAUCCUCCAUCCAUCAAGUUCUUGGAAUCAUGUAGCCUAUCAUUGCCUGGGGUAGGGGCAAAGUCUGAAAGGAAGACCUCCCUUUCCAAUGUCAUGUGGUCCCCGUCUUCUGGCCCUCACUCUGGUUGUGGUUGAGUUUCCACCAAACACCGGCUCUCGGUCUGCGGCUUCGCUUCUUUUUGCGUCAACGGAACCUCUUUGGGUGGGGGUGGCAUGGAACAAUGUAGGGCCAAGCGAGAAAUACGAUUGAUUUUUUGGGGAGUGGGGUGGCAAGCUCAUUGGGUCAAUGGAGGAGACCACCGAGAAGAUGUCUCUGGUUCUUCUACAGAAAUGGAAAGGUGGAAACCUCUCAACUUCUCCUUCAUGCUAGGAAGGAUGUCCUUCCGUGCAAGCCCCAGAAUGUCUGAGCCAUACGGGAUAUAUGUCAUCCGUUCCCUUCCCACCUGCCUCCCACCGACUAGCUCUCUACAGGUAGCCCUCAACUUACAACAGUUUGUUCAGUGAUUGUUACGACGGUAUUGGAAAAAAGUGACUUACGACCAUUUUUUCACACUUACAACCAUUUGUGAUCCAAAUUCGGUUACUUGGCCACUGGUUCAUAUUUAUGACGGUUGCAGCAUCCCGGGGUCAUGUGAUUCCCUUUUGCGACCUUCUGACAAUAGGGAAGCCAGAUUCCCUUAACAACCAUGUCACUAAGUGAACAACUUGCAGAGUUUCCCUGAACGGUUGUGGGAAGAAAGGUCGUAAAACAGGGCAAAACUCACGUAACCACUGUCUCGCUUAGCGAUGGAUAUUUGGACCCAUUGGGGGUUGUAAGUCGAGGACUACUUAUAUUUCAAGGCCAGAGGGCCAAAUAAAUACAUACCUUACCACCUUCUCCCAACGAGUCAAGCCACCGAGGUCUAGUCCACCCACCCCAAAAGGAGGACCUUACUUAGAGGGGCUACUCCAGGGACACCUAACAAUCCCUCUCUUUGCUCUGUCAAUUCAGCUUUGUUUUCUAUUUCUUCCGUUAUUUAUUCAUUAUUUAUUAGCUCGACCAUUCUGUUGGAAUGAGCAGAAAAUGGUGGCACUGCCAUUAUCGAUUUUUAAUUUAUUGCAUUUUUGCUUUUUGUUUUAGUAUUGUUAUGUUGUUAUCGGGGUUCCAAGGAACACCCUCAACGAAAGAAAACUCCGAGGCUUGAAGUUCCUCAAAGUUCCAUUUUAUUAAGAGAUGUCAUAUUGGCACGUCUGGAAAAAAACCGAAUCUGAAAGUUUCCAGGUUUUCCCCACCCAAAGGAAAGUCCAAGUCCCUGCCAAUCACCCACAUGUCCAUCAUGUGGUCCAAUCUCCAACUGGAGAUGCUUCCCAGUCACACCCCUCCAGGUGCAGGGCAAGAUGGCCUUGACUUUCUGAGAAAAGAAUGUUAUUAUAUAUCAUCGGGAUGCGGUGGCUCAGUUGCUAAGACACUGAGCUUGUCGAUCGAAAGGUUCGGCAGUUCAGCGGUUCAAAUCCCUAGUGCCGCGUAACGGGGUGAGCUCCCGUGACUUGUCCCGGCUUCUGCCAACCUAGCAGUUCGAAAGCAGGUAAAAAAUGCAAGUAGAAAAAUAGGGACCACCUUUGGCGGGAAGGUCACAGCAUUCCGUGCGCCUUUGGCGUUCAGCCAUGCACAGGACCACGGAGACGUCUUCAGACGGCGCUGGCUCUUCGGCUUGGAAACGGAGAUGAGCACCACCCCCUAGAGUCGGGAACGGCUAGCACAUAUGCGUGAGGGGAACCUUUAUCUAUAUCACCCAUGCUCCACACAAUUCCCCCCUCCCAGUUUCCCACAGUAAUAAACCUGGCAGGCCUGAAGAUCCAAUGAAAAAGAUGGCGUCCAAGCCUGACAGAAAGAUUUGGAGGUUUGGUUGGCUUGGAGACCCACAAGUUAUGUUUCAGCCUACUGAUCUCUUCAGCUGCUUCGAGCAGCUGCUUCUCACCAUCUAACGCAAAGAAGAAAAACCCGGCUUAAUGGUGGCGCCCGCUAAGCCAACUUCCAAACCUGGUUGAUUUUUUCUCCUCAAAGAAACAGACACGAUGUCUCGGUGAUCAGGGCUAUUCUCCUCUUUGUUCUGUUCUGUUUUUGUUCUGUUCUGUUUUAAAUAAUUGGAGCCAUAAAGCAGCUAAGAAGAAGAGAUCAAAUAAAAUACACCUACAGGUAUUCCAUGACUUAACAACGUGAAAAAAAAACAUCACUGAAAAAAGUGACUUCUUGUGACUGUUUUUUAUCCUUACAACCAUUACAGCAUCCAGGGGGAGGAGUCAAACAGGGAAUUAGUCCGCAAUCAUUACACCGGCAAGGUGUGAUCCUCAAUCACUCGGAAUAGAAGCCGGAAGGGACUUUGGAGGUCUUCUUGUCCAACUCCUUGCUAAAGCAGGAGACCCUAAACCACCACAGGUGGCACACGGAGCCAUAUCUGUGGGCACGUGAGCGUUGCCCUAGCUCAGCUCCAGCACACAUGCGCGCGCCGGCCACCUAAUUUUUGGCCCUUCCGGACCCACCAGAAGUCAGGAAAUGGGCUGUUGACAGCCUCCAGAGGGCCUCCAUGGGGGUGGGGAAGGCAGUUUGCAUCCUCCCCAGGCUUCUAGAAAGCCUCUGGAGCCUGGGGAGGGCGAAAAACGGGCCUACUGGGCCCACCGUGCCAUUGCAUGCCAAAAGCGGGGGGAGCGCAGAGGGGUCACGCACACAGGUGUGUGGGGGGGGUUGCAUUGAAUUAUGCGUGUGAGCAUGCACGUAUGCAAACCCCCCAUACUCCCCCCACUUUUGGCAUGUAACGGCAAAAAGUUAGCCAUCACUGCCCGAAACCAUUUCAGACAAGUGGUUGUCCAGUCUCUUCUUUAAAGAUCUCCAGUAUUGAGACACCCCACAACUCCUUGUGGCAAGCUGUUCCACUGGUUAAUUGUCCUCACUGUUAGGAAGUUUCUCCUUUAUUCCCCCUUGAAUGCCACUGAACUACCUAUAUCUUUCUGGCUCUAGACUAGAUAAGAUACUUAUCUAGAUAAGAUAUUUACAGUAUUUUACCUAGUCUGGCUCAGAUUCAAACUACCAAUCUAGAAAUAUUCCUACCACAAAUGGGAACCAGAUUUUUCAUUGCUAAACAAGGCAGUGGUUAUAUCGGAGUUGUGCCCAAUUGUACAAUCUUUUUUGUUACAAUUCUUAAGCAACCUACUGCCAUUGUUCAGCAAAUCAUCUGGCCAUUAGCAAACCUGCCUCCCCCCCCCACCCCACCCCCAUGCAUUGACUUUGCUUGGCGGAAGCCACCUGAGAAAGUCACGGAGGACUUGACAAUCGUGGCAAGAAAGGUUGCAAAACUCACUUUCCUCACUCAAGUGAGGAAAGGAAAAGAGAAAAGAAAGGGAGGGAAGGGAAGGGAAGGAAAGGGAGAGAAGGAAUGGAAGAAACGGAGGAAAGAAAAAGAAAAAAGAAAGGAAAGAAAAGGGAGAGAAGAAAAGGAAAGGAAGAAGAAAGGGAGGAAAGAAAAAAGAGAAAGGAAAGGAAAGGAAACAGGCUCACCUUCCAGCACAUUCUAGAAGCGUCUCAUUGUUUGGCAUACUGUACAAUCCCACGAUGAGUUCAUUCAUUUCAAUGAAUGAGCAAGGACUGAAUGAGGGCAGCGACCGCACUUCCUGUUUUGCCUUCGUCCUUGGCAACCGAGCGGCUGGAAAACAAAGGUUUCCCCCGACCUUCCGAUUUUAAAUGCUACCUUGGAUCUCUCUGUAUUCUUUGAUCUUCCCACCGGAGUUCAUGUAACACAUGCAAAGGAGCCAAUAAAAAAAAAAAAAAGAAACCAAAAAAGGAAAAGAAAAAGAAAACACACAACAACACCUGCAGUAUUUCAUUGCUGUGAUGUGGUUUUCCCUUCCCAGAAAUUCACAGGCACGGAUCUUUGCAUAAUCUGUCCGACCUGGAAUAAUUUGUGCUUCCCAUGAGAAUUCUGGGUUGGGUUUGUUCGACGAUCCGCAAGUUGGUUUUUUUGGUUGUCCACAAUAUUCUCAAUAGCCUUCUCCAUCACUGAAAGUUGAAAGGUGUCCACCCUCUUUCUAUCCUAUGUUUAUUUUUAUCUUGUUUUUAGGGUACAGCGUACAAUGUCAGGGAAAUCUACACAUACUAGACCAGGGGCGUCGAACUCAAGGCCCGUGGGCUGGAUGUGGCCUACAGGGGUCCUUAGAUCUGGCCCGCAGGGCUCCCCUGGAAACAGCAAAGGACCGGCCAGCAGUGCCUCUGCCAGCAAAAAUUGAGCUUGGGACACUGGUUGGAUUCAGCCGGUUCAGGCCGGUUCAAGAAAACCGGUUGUUAAAUUGCUGGCUGGCUCCGCCCCUCCCCUCCCCUUCCAGCAGUCCCCACACGCCCUGUCUUGGCUCCCGGGAAAGUGCAGGGAGGCCUACUAGGCCCAAAACCAGGAACAGGGUGGAGGCGCCCAGAGGUGGGUUUCAGCAGGUUCUGACCAGUUCUGGAGAACCGGUAGCGGAAAUUUUGAGUAGUUCGGAGAACCGGUAGUAAAAAUUCUGACUGGCCCUGCCCACAUCUAUUCUCUGCCUCCCGAGUCCCAGCUGAUCGGGAGGAAAUGGGGAUUUUGCAGUAACCUUCCCCUGGAUUGGGGAGGGAAUGGAGAAUUUACAGUAUCCUUUCCCUGCCACACCCACCAAGCCACACCCACAGAACCGGUAGUAAAAAAAUUUGAAACCCACCACUGGUGACGCCCCCCCACCGCAGCAUAUUUUUGCUCCCAGGGGGGUGCAGGAGGCCGAAUGCUGUCUGUCACAUCCCCAGGUCACGCCCACCCUGGCCACACCCACCCAGCCAAUCAUUAGGGCAGAGAACCAGUUGUUAAAUUAUUUUAAUCCCACCACUGGCUCGGGAGGGCCACCGGCGGCCCUCUCAAGCUCCAUUUUCACUGGCAGAGGCUUAUAGGAAGCCGUUGCUCGGGAGCCCGUUUUUGCUGGCAGAGCACUUGGGCCCCCACAGGCGCCCCCAACACGAGUCACAUCAAGCUGACCAAGCCCCCUCUGCCCCCCCACCAAGGUCAAACACAACCCUGAUGCAGCUCUCAAUGAAAUUGAGUUUGAUACCCCUGUGUUCGACACCCAAUCCAAUCCUGACCGCCUAGAUUGCAAGUUCAUUCUGUUCAGCGCGCUGUGGUUCCGGAAACCCUAACCUUAACCCUAACCCUUGCCAAGAAAACUGUAGGGAUCGGUAUAGGAUGUCACUUGGGGUCAAUGUUGACUUGAAGGAUCUUCAAAAAAUACGUUCCUGCGAGAUGAAACUCGCUAGUGUUCUAGUCGGAAACGGUCUCUUUUUUUCCCCAGCUUCAUUUUAUGUCUUUUAAAAGUUCUUGGUGACAGAGAACUUAGCUGACCUCAGCUGCAGUGGUGGUAUUCUGACAGUUCUAUCCGGUUCGGGCGAAUUGGUAGCGGCGGCUGAGGGAGGCUCCACACACUCGCCGGGAUGUCAUCACAUCCCGUUUUUGACGCUCUGCCCUGCGCUCACAUUUGCGAACUGGUAGCAAAGGUAAGUGACUACCUGCCCCUGCUCGGCUGAUUUCGGAAAAACUAAAUGUUGUCAAAUUCGGUUCGUUCUUGGAUGAGAGUCAUCAGAAAGUCCCAGGGCUGUAGAUCAAGCCACCGAGGUCGAAAAACAUCUUCAAGAAUUGGCAGACUUUACCGAAGGAAUCCGAUGAGGUCAUCCGCGUAAUCCAUCAGACUCAAAUUCUGCUCGAGCGAAUCUUUAUUUUUUAAAAGGGUCUAAUGAAAUGGAUUUUUUGGGGCGAAAAGGAGGUCAAUGCAAAAGAUAUUAACUGGGACUCGGUAUCCUUCCCUGCAUUUCAAACAGUGGAAUUUUAAAAAAUAAUAAUAAAAGAAAAUAAAAUUAAGGCACCUUUGAGAUCUGCAGGCAGGCGGAAGAAUCUGCAUUCCAGUAAGCCAUUUAAGCUGCAAAGUAAAAUUGGAGAGGAACAAAUUUAUUACGGCUUAAUCCUAGAUGGGUCCAGGUAGAUAUUGGCGGUGAGCAUAUCUGAUUAACUCGAAAGGAAUGAAAUGGUCUGUGGAAAGUGUUGUGGGAAGCGGAUGUUCCCAUUUGAAAUGUGUUAUUAUUUUCGUCAACGGGUAGCGCUCUGAUUAAAUACAAUAAACCUAAUUCUGAAUAA